UGCUGGGAGAAGAGCGAUUGAUAGACGUUGGUGAUGAAGCUUGGCUAGAGAUAGCUCACGAUAUAUUUUUCUUGGUAGGUAAGCGUAUCUCUGCAAAUCCCGUUAGAGUUUGGUUUGACAGGGGGAUCGAGAUCUCGCCGGGGGGUUGCUGCAGCCGAACCAUGGCAGACGACAAAACCAAAGCUCCACACGCGAUAUCGCGAUAUGGCAGGUGUGUGUAUUUGUGUGUCUGUGGAAGAAAACAGAAUCAGGUAACCCGUGUUGUUGGUGUUUGUGAUAGCCCAGUUUGAUGGGCCAUGUUGCAUCUGUCACACCUCCCAGUAGUCCUCAUCAUUAUAGUCGUGUUGGUUUUAUUAUCUUUGACCCUUUCCCCGCCAUGUUUUGUGUGUGUGUUCUCUCAUCUCUUCCACCACACCACACUCUCCAGUCACUCGUUUUGACGAUAAGGCCAGGAAUUCUCAGCUGAGGACAAGGACGGGACCGCUUCCGGGGAGCACCUGAAGGCAAACGGAGACCCGGCGGUGAACACACAGCAGCUCUUGACGGAUACGGGGCCACUCGCUUUUUAUUCCUCUUAUGAUAUCGAUUCUGCCGGAUUGGGUGACUUGGUAGGAAAGAAGGGAGCAACAACAGGAAUACGAAUUAACCGCCACCAAUUCGACAAAAAAAACGAGCACACUCGUUCUUUCCCUUGAGGGUCCGUCCGACUUUGACCGUUUGAUCAACCCACCACUCGCACCUGCCCUCCCUCCCAGCACUGUGGUUCUGUGGUCUGCACGGGUGUGUGGUGUGUUUGCAACGGUCGCGCCUUCUCCCGUUCGUUUGCAGCUUUGAACCUCUGCUUCAAGCCCGUUAUCAGAUCACCCCAAGCAACACCACACAGCACCCACCACCAAAAAUAAAUUAUUUUUUGUUUCGAGUAUUCUCUCUGCAGAGAUAUCUCAAAAACAGGAAUUUGACCAGUAUCUUGUCGACAUUGAUUAUUGCGAAACUUGGCAACAAAAAUCUUAUCCACCUCUUGGCGAUCUCCUGACAAGCACUGAAAAAUGAAGCUUUCUUGGCCUGCCGCGAUUGCGGCGCUGGCCGUUGCCACAACCGUUGAAGCCAUUGGCCCUAUUUCUUCUGUCGGGAACAAGCUUUUUACUCCGGAUGGGAAGCAGUUUUUUGUCAAGGGCAUUGCUUAUCAGUUGUCGCCAGACGACCCCCUGAUUGACACUGAGCAGUGCAAGCGGGAUGUUGAGCUUAUGAAGGAGUUGGGUCCCAACACCAUUAGGGUCUACCAUGUUGACGCGGACAAGAACCACGACGGCUGCAUGAAGGCUUUCAAUGAUGCUGGGAUUACGGCUUUGAUUGAUUUGGAUACGUUUGAUACGUACAUUGAGCCUGCCAAACCCGCCUGGACCAAACGGAUGCACGACCGCUACGCCGAGGUCAUGGACGCCUUCAUCAAGUACGACAACGUCCUGGGCUUCUUCGUCGGCAACGAAAUCAUUUCCACCGAAGCCCACUCCCAGGCGGCCCCCUUCAUCAAGGCGGCUGUUCGCGACAUGAAAGCCCACCGUGACGCCAAAAACUACCGCGAGGUCCCCAUCGGGUACUCGGCGGCUGACAUUGCCGAGCUUCGCCCAAUGCUCCAAGACUAUUUGACAUGCGGCGGAAACUCGUCCGAGAAUGUCGACUUCUUCGCGUUGAAUAGCUACGAGUGGUGCGACCCUUCCACCUACGAGACUUCUGGCUACGAGAACUUGCAGAAGCAGGCCAAGGACUUCCCGGUGCCCAUAUUUUUUAGUGAGACAGGGUGCAACGUUCCCGGCCCGAGGCUGUUUGACGACCAGCUUGCCAUUUUUGGGCCAAAGAUGAGGAAUGAUUGGUCGGGCGCGAUUGUUUAUGAGUGGAUUCAGGAGGAGAAUAGGUAUGGGUUGAUUCAGUAUGAGAAUCCGACCAAGGAGGAGGAUGUGGUGAAUGGUGUGGUGAGGAGUGGGACGCCGAAGCCGGUGCAGCCUGAUUUUGACAAUUUGAAGGAGAAGUGGGAGCAGGUUGGGCAGCCGACGGGGGUGGUGAAGGACAGUUAUGAUGCUAAGCAUGUCUCGGUCAGGCCUUGCCCGGAGGCGACGCAGGGGGGGUGGUUGGUGAAGGGGAAUGUCAAGUUGCCGGCGGUGGGUGAGACGUUUACGGGGACGUAUGAGAGUGUGCCUAGUGCUACUGUUGCUCCUACGACUGCUGGAGGGGAUGAGGGGACGGGCACAGCUGCCAAUCCGGCCAGUGAGACGCAGAAUCCCGCUGCGCCGACCAAGGUUGUGUUUAGGGGGAUGGUGGCGGGGUUGGUGGGAGUGAUGUUGUUUUUUACGGUGUGGUUUUAGAGAGACGGGGGUGGUGUUUACUUCUUUCUUCUUCUUUUACUGUUCUUACAAGAAAAGUUGGUGGCUUUAAACUGGGUAGGUAUCUCAAAGCAUGGGGCAUAUGGUUGUCAUGGUACUAGGUCGGGCAUUGGGCUGGGGAAAAUGGUUGGGCGGACGGGAGAGGGGGAAAGGGAGGCGUUUGAGGGUUUGUGAUAUACUUUUUUUUUUUCACUUCUAGUGUGAAGGCAUGAUGAGAUGUGGGUGUAUCCUUGCAUGCAUGGGCUUUUCUUUCUUCAUUAUUUUAUUUUAUUUUUUAUGAGAUAACGUUGGGUUAAUGAGGGAAUGGGGUUUCCGAGAUGACUGAAUUGAUGUGGGAUACACGAGGAAGGUUUGUGAUCAUGGCGGGUCGUCGUCGGGAACAAGCAUAAUGUUAAUGUCGAGAUGUGGGUGAUAUGAAGAUGAUGGACAGGCUACAUGUUGUACAUAUUAGAGAAUACACAGCAGGAAGGGGG